UUGGCUUGUGGAUUUCAGCAGCAGGAAAAAGCACACAGUUUAUGAAUUGUUGUUUGAUAUCAUUUGACAUGUUAAUAACGAUCGAAUAAUAUAUUCUCAAAUCAUCUUUAAUUUAUUGAGAGAGACCUUAUCUUAUGUAACCGCUGGAAGAAGUCAGGUCUUGCAAGGCUAACAGAAGGAAAAUUUAAGACAACGUAGUUUUGAUUUUCAAUGUCACUCUUUUUUAACUAUCGCUUGGGCGUUUUCCUCCCACAAAUUUUUUAUGAUUUUCCAAGGACGUGAAUUUUAAAAGAUAAAAACAUAAGGAUAGAAUGUUGUCCAUUGACAUUGAGUCAAUGUUUGAGAAUUGUGAUGGUUUCAACUUGCAUCACAAGUUUGGUAUUCUAUCAAUAUUUCUGAUUGCAAUUCAAGUUGGAGCAAUAAAUUUUACAUCGGUCUUCAUUUUUGAUAUACCAGAUCAUAGAUGCUACAUUCCAGCUAUCGAUGAGGAGAUAGAGAGGAAUAUCUCGAGAUCAAUCUUGUCACGCUACAUUCCACUUGAGGGACCAAAUGGGAAUGAAUUUUCAAAAUGCAAAAGGUAUGUCAAUGUUUCAAACCACAACAUCGCACCUAACACCACCGGGAAGAAUGCUAAUGAAUAUUGCAAAGACGGAUGGGUAUACAAUGCAAAAGAUGGGGUAAAAACUGGGACAGAGGAGUUUGACUUGGUCUGUAAUGAUGAUUGGCAAAGAAUUCUUCUGACGCUUGGAUUUUCAGUGGGGCCUAUGUUCAGUGGUCUGAUUGCAGGGAUAAUUGUCGACAGGUUUGGACGGAAAAAGCCAACAAUUAUUUACGGUAUGAUUAUAUCGUCACUGAUGAUCGCUUAUAGCUUUGCGCCAAACUUUGCAUCUUGUGUCAUAUGGUUUACGUUAUUAGGAGCAAUCAACGCAGCAGCAUUUUGUACAGCAUUUUUAUAUGUACAAGAAUUGGUCAAAACUGACAAACGAGCUACAAUCAGCUGUCUUAUUUAUUCUUUUGAAUCUUUCUCGUACAUGCUGGUCCCAGCAAUCGCAUAUCUAUGUCAAGAUUGGCGAUGGAUUUUGAGAGUCGUUGGCUUGAUCGGUAUUCUGUACAUUCCUUCUAGUUGGAUUAUUUUUGAAUCUCCAAGAUGGCUUGCAAGUAAGGGUCGCAUUGAUGAAGCUACAAAAGUCAUGAAAUUCAUCAUGCGAAAAAAUACGACAAAUCAAAAGCUUUUGAGGCAAAAUAUAUUUUUGAUUUCGUCACCCGCAAAAUCUAGUACUACAAAAAGUAAGGAUUCAAAGGAGACUCAUUUCAUCAUACUUUUAAGAAACCGAGUAUUGCUGAAGCGAUGCUUCAUUAUCAGUUGGAUUAUCACCGCGACUUUGACAUCUUAUUAUGGUUUUGGAUUUAAUACGUCAAACCUUGAAGGAAACAAAUACUGGAACUGUUUUAUUUCCGCCGCUGCAGAACUUCCUGGCUGGAUUUUUGCUCCUUAUUUUCUUCAAAAAUUUGGUAGAAGAUCUACGUUAUCCGCAGCAUAUGCAAUAUCAUGUUUAUGCUCAAUACUCUGCCCGGUGUUUAGCAACUAUAACGCAGUAAGUAUUGCGUUCGCAAUGCUCGGAAAAGUUUUUAUUUCAUCUACUAUGGCAAUGAUUUUUUUGUAUCCAGCUGAGCUUUUUCCAACAAAACUCCGCAACACGGCACUUGGAUUCUCUGCAACGCUUUCCCGUUUUGGUGGUUUGAUGGCGCCGUUUAUUGCUUUCACUGGUGAAAGUUCGAAGUGGGUUCCAUUUCUGAUUUUAAGCGGUAUUGCUCUAGUCGCGUCAAUUGUAACGCUCUUGUUGCCCGAAACAAAAGAUCUACCCCUUCCCGAAACUCUGGAGGAAUCGCUUGCAUUAGAAAAAUAUAGAUUACAAGUACCAUCGUGUAAAAAGGCAAAGUUGGAAAAAAAUACCAGAAAGACAGCGACAAGCACAUUUACCUCGGAUGCGGAUGAAAAUGAUAAAAUAAAAAACUGCAUUUUAUAAUCGAAACAUAUUAUCUUUAGUGAUUUAUUAUGCUGACCCAUAUUGGUUACUUGGUAACAGGAAGAGUAAAAAACUAAUUACAUAUACAGUAUAUAAAAACUUCCAAGGGACCUGGAGAAUGUGCUCCCGAAGCACAUUUCAAUAAAAUUGUGCGUAGUAUAUUGUUGUCCCCUUUUUUGUUGGGCGAGCUAGAAACGUUCUCAUCUCCACAAUGCCUAUUCUAUACUUGUUUACAAAGAAUAAUGCUUGGAAGAAAUCAAACAAUAGCACACCCCUGAAAUUCCCUCUGGUCUCAGAUGAGGCUGCAACUGAGUUGAAGGUGAUCAAAUCUUUAUGACGAAGACCAGCUCAAUUGCGCUUUAAUGGUAGGGACCAGAUGUCACAAGAACCAAACUCGUAUUUCAUGGAUGUAAAGUGCCCAGGUUGCUAUAUAAUUACGACGGUAUUCAGUCACGCUCAAACAGUCGUGCUGUGCGUCGGGUGUUCAACUGUUUUUAUGCCAACCAACUGGCGGAAGGGCGUGGCUUACAGAAAGUUCGUGGUUAGUGACAUUCACAAAAAACUAUCAUUCUAGCAGAGCUGAAUAAAGGUAUAUCUGAUGUUCAUGUGCUCUUGUUUAUAAUGUGGCUCUUCGCGGUAAUGAAGUACGAAAUGCGGCUCUUAGUCUCUGACUGGUUGGCCAUUCCAGAAAUACUUCAUUAAUGUGUGGCGUGUGCUCGUUGUUUUGAUCACCACGUGCUCGUUGUUUUGAUCACCAUUGUGCUCGUUAUUUUGAUCUAGGCAUGCGGAAUUUUUGCUUGCUUUGGUAUUAAUCGCGAGGAAAGGUGACACCUCUCUGCCAGGAGACAGGCCAUUUUCGAAGCAUUCUAGAAGAUCGAAUUUUGUGGUCAUUUGGUGUCGACCGUUUCGCAAUUAUGACACAUCACACCAUCAGGACGUUUCAUCAAACUCUUGUGUAGUUGUGACAGCAUAGGCAGCUUUCUUCUCCCUGUGUCAUGUAUUAUUAUUUUCAUUGUGUUUACUGUGUGUGAGUUUGUUUCCCGUUAACAACCCCUAAAUCCCCAUUGGU